AUGGAUUGUAAAUAUUAUUCAACAAAAAAAAUAUCUCCAAUAAAAAUAUUAAAUUUUGAUGUAUCAGUUAAUAAUUCUAAAAUGAUUCUUAAUCAAAUUUUAAGUAAAGAAGGUAAAUCUGCUGUUGAUUUUAAUACUGAAAUUAUAUCAAAUACCCAACCAUUUACAUUUAAAUCUACUGCAAAAGUAAUUUUAGAUUCAGGAAAUAUUUAUUAUGGUGAAGGAAUAGGUCAAUCAAAACGUAUAUCAACAGCAGAAUGUGCUUAUGUUAUUCUUCAAAAAAUAUUUAGUAACAAAGAAUAUAUAACAGAUGAUAAAAAAAAAAUAAUACCAUAUCCAAUUGUUGAUGUUCCUUUAGAUGAAAAAUUAUAUAAUGAUAUAAAAGCAUUUUAUAAAUGGUUAAAAAUAAAUUUACCUGAUUUUACAAUUGUUGAUAAUGAGUUAAAAGAAUCAGAUUUUAUAAAUAUAUCACCACCAAAUUUAUUUAAUUUAGAAAAAGAAUUUUCAGAAUUUACAAAUAAUAGUAAUUAUAAAAGAAAUAGUAGGAAAACUGCUAUGGAUAAAUGGUCUCCACCAAAAGCUGAUUACAAUUGUUGGACUAAUACUUUUAUUUGUGAUAGUUUAUUUAAAGGAAAAAAUCUUGAUGAAGUAUCUAAAAUUUUAUUUAAUAUUGAAAAAAGAAAAACAGAAGAUUAUAAUUUAGAGGCAGAAAGGCAAAAGUUGCCUAUCUAUAAAAAGAAGAAGGAUAUUGUUAAAAUGAUAGAAGAAUCACAAGCAAUACUUAUUAAAUCAUCUACAGGUUCUGGAAAAAGUACACAAGUAGCACAAUUUUUAUUAAAACAUUAUAUUGAUAAUGGAAAAGGUGCUAAAUUUAAUUGUUUAAUUUCACAACCUCGAAGAUUACCAGCAAUUAGUUUAGCUAAAAGAGUUGCAGAAGAAAGAUAUGAAACUAUUGGUGAUUCAGUUGGAUAUUGUGUUCGUUUUGAUAAAUUAUAUCCAAGACCAUUUGGUUCAAUUGUUUUUGGAACUGUUGGAACAAUAUUAAAAAAGUUAUCAAGUGGUUUAAAAGGAAUUUCUCAUAUAAUUGUUGAUGAAGUUCAUGAAAGAUCUCUUGAAACAGACUUUUUGUUAAUAAUAUUAAAAAAAAUGUUAUCAAUAUAUAAAGAACUUAAAGUUAUCCUUAUGUCAGCUACAAUUGAUACAAAACAAUUUGAAGAAUAUAUUGAUAAUAUUAAAGUAAUAGAAAUUGAAGGAAAUUCUUUUGAUGUAAUGGAAUUGUAUUUAGAUGAAUUUAUUCAACAUUAUAAACUUUAUCCAUCUACUUUUAUUUCACCACCAGGUUAUGAUGAAAAUUCAAAUUUAUGGAGAUUUGAUUAUUUUCCAGAAAAAAAAUUGAUAUCUCCUUUGGCAAAAUAUAUAACAGAACAAAUUGAAACUAGUAAUGAUGUUCCAUAUGACAUUAUAAGAAUAAUGGUUGAAGAAAGUUGUAAUGCAAUGUUUUCUUCCAAUGAAAUUGGAUCAAUAUUAAUUUUUCUUCCUGGAUGGAAUGAAAUUUUAUUAUGUAUAGAAGAAUUAACUAAUUCAUCUAGUUAUGAUAUCUAUUGGUUAUUACCUUUACAUUCAAAUUUACCUUAUGAAAAUCAAAAAGAAGUUUUUAAACCUCCACCUAAGGGUAAAAUUAAAAUUAUUGUGGCUACAAAUAUUGCUGAAAGUUCAAUAACUGUUAAUGAUGUUUUAUAUGUUAUAGAUUCAUGUAAACAAAAAAAACAAUUGGUUAAACAUAAUACUGCAACAUGUUUUUUUGAAGUCUCCUGGGCAUCUAAAGAUUGUAUGGAUCAAAGAAAAGGGCGAGCUGGUCGAUUGAGAAAUGGAUAUUGUUAUCGUUUAAUAUCUAGAAAUCUAUGGCAUUUACUUCCUCAACAUAAUGAAGCUGAAAUAAAAACUGCACCUCUUGAUACAAUUAUAUUAGAAAUUAAAGCAUUAGAAUUAGGUGAUUCAGUAGAUUUCUUAAAGAAUUCAAUGGAAGAAAUUGAUGAAAAAAACAUUAAAGAAUCUGAAGAAUAUCUUCAACAAUUAUCAGCUUUAGAUAAAGACAAAAACUUAACAUACAUUGGAAAGAUGAUGCAACGUCUUCCUUUUGCUCCAGAUACAGCAAAAUGUGUUAUAACAGCAACACUUUUUAAUUUAGCGGAUUCAAUAGCAAUUAUUUGUGGUUACUACAACUCAAAUCUUUCUUUAUUUAAAUAUCCAUAUUAUCAAAAUGGGAUAUCAGAUGCUAUUCUUUUUUUAUGUGGUGAUUUUAUAAGUGAUCAUGUUCUUCCUUUAAUGGCAUUGAAGAUGGAUAAAAUUAAACAUGAAGAUUCUCAAGAUAUUUUAUCUAUUAUGAAAAAAAUAAAUCAUGACACUAUAAAUUAUCUAAUUUUGGUUAAAAAUCAAAUAUUUAAUGUUUUAAAUGAACAAUUUAAGAAUACAAAGUUUUAUGAAUAUGGUGUAUCAAAUAAUAAAGAAUCAUCUGCUCAAAUGCAUGUUAUUUUAUCUCUUUUAGUUAAAUCUUUUUAUCCAAAUAUAGCAUUUCAAACUAAGAAACGUUCUUUUAUUGAUAUGGAUGGAGAUAAAGUAUCUCUUAACAAAACAUCUGUAUUGUCUUUUGAUAAAAAUAAUUAUGAAAAUAGAUCUCCUUUUAUUAUUUAUAGUCAAAAAAUUAUAUCAAAAUAUACAAUGUUUAAGGAAUGUUCAGUUAUUUCACCAUUACAAUUAUUAUUAUUUGGAUGUAAUAACGUUAUUUAUAAAGGAGGAAAUUCAAUAAUUUUAGAUGGUGUAUUUGAAUUUCAUAUUAAUCCAAAGUUUGGACAAAUGGUUAUUUAUCUUAAAGUUGUUAUUGAUAAUUUAUUACAAUCAUUAUGUGCUAAAGGUAAUUUGUCUGAAAAAGAAUCAGCAAUUAAAUAUUAUGUUAGAAAUUUAGUAGAAAGAAUCUCAACUAUGGCUUACACUGUUAAUGGUUAUUGGUGGUGUCCUCCUCCUCCACCACCACCUGCACCAAAACCAAUACCUCCUCCACCCCCACCACCACCACCACCACCUACACCUGCACCAUUACCUCCAGUAACAGUACCUCCAACAACUAUUCCUCCAACAACAGUACCUCCAACAACUGUUCCUCCAACGACACUAGAAAUAUCAACAACAUCUUCAGAAACAACAACAAUUUCUCAAGAAAUAACAACAACAACAACAAAAAUUUCUCAAGAAACAACGACAUCUUCAGAAACAACAACGAUUUCUCAAGAAAUAACAACAACUCCAGAAAUAACAACAAUUUCUCAAGAAACAACGACAUCCCCAGAAACAACAACAACUUCUCAAGAAACAACGACAUCUCCAGAAACAACAACAAUUUCUCAAGAAACAACGACUUCUCCAGCAACAACAACAACUUCUCAAGAAACAACGACAUCUCCAGAAACAACAACAAUUUCUCAAGAAACAACGACAUCCCCAGAAACAACAACAAUUUCUCAAGAAACAACGACAUCCCCAGAAACAACAACAAUCUCCCAAGAAACAACGACAUCUCCAGAAACAACAACAAUUUCUCAAGAAACAACGACAUCCCCAGAAACAACAACAAUCUCCCAAGAAACAACUACAUCUCCAGAAACAACAACAAUUUCCCAAGAAACAAAGACAUAUCCAAAAACAACAACAAUUUUUCAAGAAACAACGACAUCUCCAGAAACAACUUCUUCAGAAAUGGUUCAAACAAUUACAACAACAACCAAAUGUCCAUCAACAAAUACUUGUUCUUGUUGUCAUACAGAUUGUUAUUUCUCUUAUAAUGGUACAAAAAUGAAGUUCGUAUGGGGUUUAAGCAUUUUAGAAAAACAUACAUCAAAAGAUAAUGAAUUAAUCAAGGAUAACCAAAUAACAGGUAGUUGGAUAUUUAAUGGUAAAACAUGGGACUAUAAGAGUCUUCAAAAAGAAUCAAAAAAUUCAAAAAAUAUGCUUCAACUUUAUGAAACAUUAAAGAAAAUAAAAAUUUAUACUACUGAUAUUAAAUAUACUGAUAAGGAAAAAAGUAAUAAUACCAAAAAUAAUAAGGAAAAACAAAAAGGUGGAAAAAAUGAUACAAAAAAACAAAAAGAUGAUAAAAAGAAAAAAGAAGAAAAAAAAGACGAUAAAAAUAAAAAGGAAAAAAAAAAUGAUGAACAAAAUAAUAAGGAGGAACCAAAAGAUGAUAAAAAUAAAGAAGAUAAAGACGCAAAUGAAUCAGUAAAUUCAGAGGAGUAUGAUACAACUAAUGCUAAUUGUAAUAAGAAAAAAGAUAAAAAGAAAAAAGAAGUACAAAAAAAUGAUAAAAAAGAUGAAAAAAAAGAUGAUGAUAAUAAAGAAAAUAAAAAUGAAUUAUUAAAUUCAGAGGAGUAUGAUACAAAUAAUGAUAAUUGCAAUAAGAAAGAUAAAAAAAAAGGUAGUAAAAAAAAAUCUAAAAAAAAGAAAGAUUAA